GCCUUUGUGGAUAAUCCGAGAUGGGGACUACUCUGGACAUCAAGAUUAAAAGAGCGAAUAAAGUGUAUCACGCCGGGGAAAUGCUGUCUGGUGUGGUGGUCAUCUCGAGCAAGGACUCAGUCCAGCACCAGGGAGUCUCGUUGACAAUGGAAGGGACUGUAAACCUCCAGCUCAGUGCCAAAAGUGUGGGUGUGUUUGAAGCCUUCUACAACUCUGUGAAGCCGAUCCAGAUUAUCAACAGCACCAUAGAUGUGCUGAAGCCAGGAAAGAUUCCCAGUGGCAAGACUGAGGUUCCCUUUGAGUUCCCUCUGCUUGUGAAAGGCAGCAAGGUCCUGUAUGAGACUUACCACGGCGUGUUUGUCAACAUUCAGUAUACUCUGCGCUGUGACAUGCGGCGGUCUCUGUUGGCCAAGGACCUGACCAAGACCUGUGAAUUCAUCGUUCACUCUGCUCCCCAGAAGGGGAAGUUGACCCCAAGUCCUGUUGACUUCACGAUCACCCCGGAAACCUUGCAGAAUGUCAAAGAGAGGGCUUCACUUCCCAAAUUCUUGAUUAGAGGACAUCUGAACUCCACUAACUGUGCUAUCACGCAGCCCCUGACAGGAGAGCUGGUGGUGGAACACUCGGAUGCUGCUAUCCGGAGCAUAGAGCUUCAGUUGGUCCGGGUAGAGACCUGUGGGUGUGCAGAAGGCUAUGCACGCGAUGCCACAGAGAUUCAAAAUAUUCAAAUUGCUGAUGGGGAUAUUUGUAGGAACCUUUCUGUUCCCCUAUAUAUGGUCUUCCCCAGACUGUUCACCUGUCCAACCCUGGAGACCACCAACUUCAAAGUGGAGUUUGAGGUUAAUGUGGUGGUCCUUCUUCAUGCUGACCACCUCAUCACUGAGAACUUCCCACUGAAGCUCUGUCGGACGUAGUCCAGCUGCAGGAAUGGGACAGAGUGGCCACGUGGACAUUGACCCAGUCAUCUGCUCACAGGGACAUCACUCAGGCCAUCUGCUCACAGGGAGGCACCACGUCAGCAGCAUUCAUCUUCAUGAUGUCUGUUCAUUGCCUCAGAGCUUGUUUCCUGCAGGUGCCCUGCCUCUGCCCUUACGUCUGGAAUGCAACAGGAUUUCCUUAUGUGUGUUGCAAGAUCACAGAAAACAUUCCUGAUGGCUCCAGAUGUACCUGUUUCUUCUUAGGUUCAUUAAGCAGCUUGUCUGAGUCAGAUGUGGAGGCAGAAGGGAAACCCUCUUCAUCUUGCCCAGACUCCUAACAGCAAAAGAGUCAGCAACCAGCAAGCUCUUUGAUUGAAUCUGUGAUCCCCUCCAAGGAGUGACAGUGACUUCAUCUGGAAAUACGGAGCUUUUCUCUUCUUGACAUCUUGAUAAUGUUUCACUAGAACUUCUAAAUUUUUUAGGAACUGGAAAAGAAAAACCACAAAUUGUCCUUGUUCUCACAGAGUGGGAAUGGUAAGUGUGACAGUCACUGGAGUGUUUGCAGUGUGUAGUACUGGCACACACAGUUAAUGCUGCCAUGUUCCCAGAAUGUACUGAAAAGCAAGGAGCUGGUUCUGAAGGACAGAACGUCACGCUGAGGAACGAUAAUAGUCUUAGUCUAUCCCAGACCCCUGGGGCACAUGUGCUUUGAGGCAGGGGUUUUGGCCUGACGCCUGUUUCCCUUUAGCCUCACUGUAACCCACACUGUAUGGAGAGGAUGUUACAGUACUUUUCUUUCGUCCUAUCCUGCUGCUGUUCUGUUGGUCCACAGUUAGUGAGCACGCUGCACACCAGCUGGCCUGCCUUCACCGGGUCUUGGGGGCAGGCCUAGACAAAGCAGGUCCUGACUGACAGCCUCCUGGCCACUCUCCCAUUGUUCUUAACAGCUGAGGAACUGGGGCAUUACUAAUGGGGUCUCACUGGGGAAACUGAGAAGACUUAGCUGAGUCACCUGACAGUGGGUUCCCAGAGAAUGUAUUUUUGCUUUGUCAUACCUAUCUUUAAUGUAUUUAAACAAUCUAGUACCCAAAGUGUGGGCCAUAAUUUCUGGUGCAUCUGUAAGGAAAAGUCACCUUUGAUUACAUAAUUUUUUUAUGAAUAAAGAAAGCUAAAUAAUUUUUAA